AUGGCCUCUUCUAACAACGAACAAGAUCUGCUACCGGAUCAGACUGAGGGUUUCAAGGUUGGAGAGAAGAAGACGAUGGAUGAAUAUCACCAGCUUGAUGCCGACGAUGAAGCUAUGACACGCUAUAAGCAAUCUCUCGGUCUUGGAGGUAGUGGCAAGGACCUCUCAGAUCCCAAUGACCCUCGUCACUGUAUCAUCCUCUCCCUGACCAUGGACUCCGAAGGCCGCCCACCCGUGACCAUUGAUCUCUCCGAAAAAGGCUCUGAAACCACUCUCAAGGACAAGCCUUUCAAGAUCAAGGAGGGUUCCAAGUUCAGCAUGACAGCGAAGUUCAAGGUCCAGCAUGAGAUUCUGUCGGGUUUGCACUACGUCCAGAUUGUCAAGCGCAAAGGUAUUCGGGUCAGCAAGGAUCAAGAGAUGAUCGGCUCUUAUGCUCCCAGCACCGACCAAACCCCAUUCUACACCAAGAAAUUCGCCGAGGAAGACGCCCCGUCAGGUAUGAUUGCUCGUGGCCACUACACCGCAGUCAGCACAUUCGUAGACGACGACAAGAAGCGACACUUGGAGUUCGAGUGGAGCUUUGAUAUUGCAAAGGACUGGUAG